CUCUAGACGUCACUACCAUCGCCAACAUGGCCACGUGCUAGACGUGUUUACGCGAACUGCGUCAUCUUUUCGUACUUUCCUUGUCCAUAUUUCAAAGUGCCAGUUACAAGAUUACGGUGCCAAGUAUUAUCAUGGCAUGCGUGCACAGAGAUUGACAGUCAUUAACGUGCUCCUCGUGGGCAUGGCGGGUACAGAUGCGUCCGUUCCAAGAUGCACCUGCAACGUCAGGAAUUUGGCUACCUGUUCUGUUAUUAACCAGGAUUCACCCACCACUAGAAUCGUAAGAAGUUACAAACCACACGGGGGACUUGCCAGAGUGCUUUACGAAAAGCAAAAAGCAGACGAACAGCUCGAAGCGUAUGACAGAACGCAGUGGUACAAAAUCGAUACAACAAAAAUACGAGAGGAUUUACUUCAUUUAUGGAUUCCCCUAGGAGCAGGACCUCAACACGAUCAGCCUGACCAAACCGCCGAGGUCUUUUUAACGAAAUCCAUUGAGAGAUCGGACUCUUUACCACUGCAAGCGUGGCAUUCUUUGGCGCGAUCGGCUUUGUCCUGGUUCAUCAGCCGCACCUCCAUAAAUGGGUUACUCGGCCGUGGUUCUAUGCACGUCUUUUCUUGUGAACAGUUUAAAAAGCUGAUGGAUGCCAGCGGCUUUUCAGGACCAUGGCACUCAUUGGUGGACUUAGGAGCGGGUGAUGGUGCUACCACUGCUCAUGUGGCUCAUCUCUUUGAAAAAGUUUAUGCAACCGACAUAUCAGCACCGAUGAGAUGGACUUUAGCAAAAAGGAAAUUUACAGUACUAGACGUAGAAAAGUGGUACGAAAAUGGACCGUUCAACGUUAUCCUUUGCUUGAAUUUAUUAGACCGAUGCGACCGACCUAAUACUCUUCUAAGACGUCUGAAGUCAUCCUUAGCCCCUGGUGGUCGUUUGAUCGUGGCGCUGGUUCUUCCGUUCAGCCCUUACGUAGAGGUCGGCGAAAGGGGUGAUCACAAACCAUCCGAAUAUCUGCCGAUAAAAGGGAACGGACUAGAAGGUCAAAUCGCCAGUCUUGUCGACAGAGUUUUCGCCCCGUUAAAUUUAAGAUGUCUUGCAUGGAGUAAAUUGCCUUAUCUUUGCGAAGGUGAUCUUGGCCAGUCGUAUUACUUUCUCGAUGAUGUGAUUUUCGUUUUAGAAGCACAAUCGACUAGUAAAGAAUCCUGUGAAUUUUCAGUGGAAAACAAUUCUGCAUCCUCGUACGUUAGAAAUAUUUAGGGUUACUCACGUUUCUACGUAUGCAUGUAAUGAUAUGUAUGUAUGUAUGUAUGUAAUUCACAAAUGAACAACAGCGAUGUAUAUUUUACGACAAUCUUAUUCUAGAAGUCAGAAAAUGCAGAAAUUCAUACAUGACUUCACAGUUGAAUAUUCGCAUUGUACGAAUCUACUUUUUAACAAAAAGAUUACUGCGCAGAUUUGUUAAUUGUUUACCGAUUCUAUUUGUUGAUGAAAGUAUAGAUUUCGGUAUGAGGUGAUAAUUUGGACCAGUUUCUGAAAAGGUAUACUCAAAACAGAUUCCAAUGAUUAAUGAUAAGUUAAUAUUUGGUCUAUUGUAGCCAUAAUCCCCCUUCUUUUUACUACGCAUACGAGAACCACACACACUCGAAUGCAACACGGGUUUCCUAUUUGUCUAAGGCUAAUAAGAGUAAAUGGAACUCAGAAAAAUUCCAAGGUGAGUUUUGAAAAAGCCUAAGGAGAAUAUCCAAGAUUAGAAGCGGCCAAAAUUUGGAAUUUGAAAAUUCUGAAACUCUGCCUAUAUCUCGUAGUGUUAUGUCAUAUACUCUGAUGUCUGAAACCCAACGUUUCCUUUUAAUACAAUUGAACCCACUUGAGUAUAUUUACCCUUAUUAGAAGCCGAGAUUUUAAAGAAAUUCUAAAAUUGCUCAAACGUGGGAGAACACGAAAUGUAAUCCUCAAAGGGAAGAAAAAGAUCUAAAAUACCCUGCCAGGACCGCACAAAUAUUUUGUAAAGUGUCAAUGUACUUUGUGCAAGCACAGUUCAGUUUAUAACAGACAAUCGUUAAAAAUUAUUUUAGUUUAAUAUAUAUCAAUUAAUGAGAUACAGGAUUCAAGUUUCACUGAUGUUUCUAUAUGCCACAUUUAAAUGUCGUAAUAAUAAUUAAUUCAUUUUACCUAGUAAUUGCGAUUGUAUAAGUUCAACAAGAACUUCAAUGUUUUAAUUUCACCAUUGUGUAAUUAUAACUGUUCGAUUAACAAUAUUCGUUAAAUGUAUCAGCUGAAAAGACAGCUCAUAUAUUAAUUGAUAUAUUUUCUAACAAAGAUUAAAACUGGAUCAAAACUA